GCAACACCCGGAAAGCCACGCCGGCCGGACAGUACUUCACACUGGGGUGCGUGCCGGUCUACAAUAACGGCGCCGCAGCCGUGUCGAAGGAGACGCGCAGCCGCACGAUGUUGACGUGCAUUCUGACGGCGUACGGGCGACGUAUGUUGGGCGAAGCGGUCGAUUUCAGCUCCGUCCAGGUCAACAAGGACGCGCCGGCGGCCCUGCACGUUGACGGGCGUAACGAAUCUCCUGUGCGCGCCGUCGCCCUGGUCGACGAAUCGCAAUGGGGCACCAACGAGGAGUCUCCGGAAGGGAACACUUGGGUUGCGGAUGACCAACACGGGGCGGACUUGUAUUGUGGUCCGCUUCAAACCGGAGGUGAACGUGAACAACUACCCGCGCGGCCGCAGAAUAUUAAAGCGGGCAUGAUGGCGGCAUUUCCCGGACGCGUCAUUGAUUUGAAGAACAAACUUGGCGUUUUUGAUGGCUCCAAGAUGCACACGACGAUUCCGUACGGUUGUAGCCACUACAUUCGGCGGCUCGGGGGCCCGAACGGAUUCACAAAGCCGUCGUUGGCAGAUCGUGGUGUGAAAAUCGUUGAUGAAGUGAAAAAUAUUUCCGAUAAGCCGGACACUGUUAGUCCUAGUACAAACAGCAGUGCGAAAAAGAAAUCGAAAAGAGAAGCAUCUCGUCCUCACGCGCCUCGACGGUAUUUUCUGUCGUUUUACACCCACACGAGCGUGCGGAAACUUAGCGAGGCGGACCGGGACGAGCUCGCGAAACUGGGAUUCCGACUGCCGAGUAGGCAAGAGGCAGGGACGAUGAAAAUAAAUCAAGAGGGUAGAAGUGAUACAGGAACAUUAUCGAUCGAUGGUGAUCGUGGAACAAAGGACCACCGUUCGGCCCGCGACGAUCAUGAUGCCCUCGCGACUGGAGACGAAACUUCCAGCCAGACAGGCUCCACCGCGGGUGAGGCUGCGGCACAGGAGGAGGAAGAAGACUAUUCCGGCGAAAUUUUGAUUGCCCAAAUUCGGCAGCGUAUCGCAACAGAUCUAGAGAUGGCAGAAGUCGAAGUGGUAUCGUCCCCUCCUGCUAGUUAUUCCCAAUCCUCAUCUUCUAGUAGUGGCGCGGCGAAAAGGCGUCGGAAAGCUGACGGUGCAGCUUUUUCUGACACUGAAGCUGUUGGUGAAGAUGAGCUAAUAUCAGAAGCUUCCGUAGCGGUGCCAGGCCGGUUCGAGUUUGUCGACGAGGAAGGUGUGUCCGAGGAAGGCACCAGAACGAGUCAAAGUGUCCUUGAUGAAGUAACGAUGCCGGCGAUCUCAUCUUCGCGGAAGCGCAAGAAUGAAAAAGAGCACGUUGAUAUUUUGCCGCCCUCGCUUCGCUGCCCGAGGCCGACAAAGCACUGUAUCUGCGGCGUGGCCAUUUCCGGAAAGGGGUCCAUUGCUGGUUCCUUGGUUGCAGCUUGUUUUGUGAUACCUCCAGGUCGUGCAGAAAAAGACGACACUUGGGGCACGGGCGUGGUCAACCCUCUCAGCCUUCCGAAGAAAAAACGGGAAGCGGUAUUCAAGAAGCUAACAGGCCCUGGAAGCAGCACCGGCAUCGGUAGGAUCCGCGUUGCGGAGCUGGAUACGAAGUUUGGUGGAGCGAACGAUCAGGCUGUGCAGGCGGCCGUAAAGAAAUGCGUCGAGGACGUGGAGCGCACACGUGGGCUUCGGAUCACCAAGGUACUUACUUACACAACUACAUGACGAGCACUUCGAUUAAUAUGGUGGCCUUUUCAUCAUGUCCAGUUGCCAGCAGGACGCCGUCGUCCGGAGGUCGGGUUAUUGAUAUGUCUAAACAAAAGCAAUCGGUUCGCCUCCGGGCUAAUUGAAGGAACAAGAUGAAUAAAAAUAGCGCUGCAUGAUCAUGCAAAAAACUCUGCUGACUUACAGGUACUAAUAGCCAAUCCGGACCACUAUGUUCCUGACUCGCUCCGGACCCGCAAAGACUUACGGGUCGAAAGGGGAUGUCACAAUGAGGACUUCGUAGUGGCUGCCGCGAAGUUUUUGUCAAAGGUGACUCAUGACGAGGAGUUCAAGAAAAUGGCAACGGACUUUCCCGCGUAUCAGUUUGCUAAAAACAAUGGCUAUGUUUCAUCGAAGGCGCAUCAAGACGCCCUCUCAGAGCUCGGGCCGUGCUUGUAUCAUCGCAAAUGCACCAGACCUGUGCAAAACGCCAUGAUCGCGAGGGAUGCUGGACGAAAAGAAAAAACAUCCGAAAAAGAUACUGGGACUAAGCAGGCAGCGAAGCCGCCGCCUGGCGGAAAGGAGAAAAAAAAUCACGUCCUUGUUGCUAAAAAAGCGAAGCUGGUUACUUCGGCCAGCAAAGGAUUCAGCGCUGCGAUAGGUGCUGCGAAGAUGUUGAAGUCCACCGCGCAUAAAAAUGUGCCAGUGGCGAAUGCUUAUGGGGGGACAAACUAGGGGCGACGAACUGAGAACGGCCUUUUUUCGAGGCUUAGAUAUAGCGGGUUUUUGGCGAAUUGCCCACUUUCGGGGAAGCUCAGGCGAGGCCCCCAGCGUCUAGUUUUUGCGCAAUAGCAGCGGCCUAAUGCGCCGAAUUCUCUACCUGAAGUUCGCGCCUGCACCACUUGCAUUGUUUCGAAAACGGCGCGGCGCUCGCGCUAGAAAUACCUUCUAUAGAAUAUCCGCGCCCAUUCCGCCCUAAAUAUUGAAUAUCCAGCGCGGUAUCCUAUAUCCACGCCGUCCCGUCGUGGAUAUACACCGGGGGGGCGUAAUAUUUUAUAAAAUGACUUCCGCCGAUUUGGCUCCGGAAAUGGUUGCCAUGGACACAGAAAGUAAAUCCGUGCGCGUGCAUUUGGGCGCGCUGGCGAACCAAAAAAAUCAAGCAACCCAAGAAAUCGAGCCUAUAUCUAGACGCAAAAAAAAGGCCAUUCUCAGUUCGUUUCCGAAUUUUGUCCCCCCAUACGAAUGCUAUCGCGAUGAAGAAGAGCACCAUCAAGGUGGUGAAGAAGUAGUGUACUCUCGUCUGCAAACUCCACGCACCAGCGCGAGGCAUUGUAAACACCAAGAAUCGUGACAACUACAUAGGUCCUUACAUAUUCCACACUAAUUAUUUUUCGACAGUUUUCCUUGGCCUGAAGCUGAUUCAUUGACGCAUGCGACAUCCACGUAAAACGAGCUCUGAAGACAACGCACGACUUCUCAGUGUUUGAUGGGCGGUUCAAGUACUU